AUGUAUACGCGUGCCCAUACCCACAAUGCGACACAUGGCCGUGCUAUGAGCACUCGCCCUCAACAACAAAAAACAUGUAUGAACCCGGCAACUAAGAAUGAGCUCUAUCGUAAAUCGUACGAGUUUUAUACAUCACACAGUUUGCGGACGCAACGAAAAGCAUAUGUGCUUGAUCUACUCGAUAAGGAACACCAUAAUUUGGGUGCUGCUUUUGGCAGGUUACUUGCAGUUCCUGCCCUCUGGGGUGAAAAUGUGUUUUGCUUGCGCAUUUUAGAAAAACUUCUUGACGGGCGCUGUGAUCAGGAACUUAUCCACUACCUGACUGUAAUUUGGCGCUUCUGGGGAUGGCUUGUAACUUUCCAGAAGCAAAAUGACUUUCGGGAGUGCCUAGAACAAGUGGACGACGGAUUUGACCGGCAAUCGAUGGCGAGGAUCGACAAAGACACCGUUAGACAGCUCGAAUUUACCAUUCCUGGCUUGGAUCCGAGAGUAACCAAGAAAGCUUCUUCGCAAUCAUUUCUCGGCUUUACUGUCGAAGAACGGGAUCGUAUACUUGGUAAGCUCAAAGCCUACACCGAUGUAGUCCCUUCCUUAGCAACAUUCUUUUAUUAUUCAACCACAGUUUUCUAUCCGUGUGCCGAAGCCCUCGGGACAUUUCUUGGUCAGCCCAAAGAAGAUCUGAGAAACGCAACACGGAAUGCCCUUGUUAGGAACAGAAGGCGGCGGUGCUUCAUCCAAACCAAUCAAAGGGGGGAUGAAGUGGAAGGGGAGGAAUGUACCACUCCCAGCACGAAGCAGGUUCUCGAUUUGAUCUACCGCCAGCUAUGGCUCUGCGCAAUGCGCCACUGGUACGCUUGGAAACGUGGAACUGAGGACGAUAAGGAGCACGCCCAUGGUGAGCUGGCAUGCCUUGCUGGAGUAUUGUCAUCCAAUACGUACCCUGCUGCUCAACAUGUUGACUAUCACGCCACCCAACCAACCUGCCCACCCCUCAAGAGAACACGGGGCAAAAUCACAGAGAAGGUAUUGGAAAAAUACAUACAAGGGGCGGGUCUCCUCUUCCUACGAAAUGUUCAUACCAGCCACGAGGCCAAAGUUCCAGUUACUGCAUUUAUUGUUCUCAAGCACAUCUACUUAGCUUAUCUUGGGAAGGUAGCCGUCCCUCCAGCCCGAAGAGUCCUGUCCAAUGUGCCUAGGCCACGGAAACUUGGAACUGAAAACAUUUCCGACAGUUGGACAGGGACUAGACGACGAGGAUCGUUUUCUACGCAUAUAGCUUUGGACCACUCGCCGACGGCAACUAUGGAGGCUCGAGCACAAACCUUUUGGAAUGUACAGCCCGGACAAUGUGCUCCGUGCCCUCAAUGUAGCAGGCAUAUACCGGUAGCGGAAGGGGCACCACGGUCUUGCUUGCAGCCUACCAUGCUGCCCGAAAGAGUGGACGACCAUGAAUUGCAUAGUAGAAUAUCGGCUGGGCACGGGCCUUCAAAGCGCGUUGGAUUCUCUCCAGAAACGCUCUUAAGGCAGAAACAAGAUAUCUAUCGUCCGUCCGAGGAAGCAUCCUACCCUUCAUUACAUCAUUCGAAUCUGCCUAGAAUGGUGCCGGUCGGUUAUCCCACAAUCACAGUGGCGCCCGGGCCACCGACACAAACGUCACCAUUUCUGCUAAAUAUCAGCAUCACACGGCCAAUAGAUACUAGAACUAGCUCUAGAGAUUCCCAACAAAUUGCAACCAAUCAACCAGCCCACUCUUCUGUUUCCAACCAAGGUGGCAGUUCCCCUGAGAGUAGUCGAGUACAGGGCCUCAGCAGAGAACCCGGUGGGUCGGGAUUAGAAACUACUGUAAAAGAACUAAUUUCCAAGCAAAGUCAAGGGUUCCAUGACCUUAUCCAACAACUAGAAUCCCUGCAAGCAAAAAGAGAUCAAAAUGCGGAGCUAUAUUCCGGAGUUGCCGCUCGAAACCACACACUAGAGCUUGAGCUGGCUAGAACAGAGGAACGAGUAACCACUAGAGUUAACAUAGUCGAGGAGAAAAUGCGUUCGAUAGCUCGAGCCUUGGAAAAAGCAAACACUGACGUGAGCAAGCUUCAUAGAAAGGAUCAUGCGGCAGGUUUCCAAGAAGAACGGCUAGAGAAGACAUUCUCCCUAAUCCAACCUCUUGCAGCAGAGCUAGCCACAGUCCGAUUGGAAUCAGAGAGACGCCAAGAGGAAAUAUAUACGGCCAAGCGACAGCAUACAAAGAACCAGGAGGAGCUGAAGGCGUUACAGAAGCAGUUAAAUGAAGAAAGGCUCGUCAAGGUGAAGGCGAUCACGAGAAUGAACGAUCUGCGGGCCGAUUUAGAACAAAUCCAGGGCCAGAUAGACGCCGAGAGGGCCACCCUCAGUGGUAUGAUUGCCGCGAUCAAGGAGGCUUUAACCACCCAGAAACAGCAGUUCCAUAAGGAAGUUGCCGAACACAAUGUAAAUGUGCAGAGACUACAAAGUAAUCUCGAUAGUGCAUUGAAAAAUAUCGCAAGACUUGUUCAGGAACAAGAGUCCGCCACUCAAAAAUUAACGCUCGCUGAAACAAGAUAUAAAAAAGCUGAGGCUGAGACAGAAACAUUCCAAAGUCAACUUACAAAUGAGAUUGUUGCAAAAAGGAAGGCUGAAACCAUGGUCAGAGAGCUGGAAACCAAACUCUCGGAGAUGCAGGAACGUGAUGGGAAGGCCAAUGAGGAAAUGUCGCUCCUGAUUAAGGAACUAGAUAACCUCCAGCACCAUCUGCAGAAGUUAGAAAAGAGCACUAAUCCACCUGACAACACAGAAGGAGCUAAGUCAAAAACCGUAGAGAACAGAACGCCAACGCCCCAGUGGGCUGGAAGUCCAACUGUCCGACCACCACUAGCAGCCUCCAGAUCUGGACAACACCCCGCCCAUCAACCUGCACACCUACAGAAGCAGAAUUGUCAAGACAACACUCAAGCUCCAGUUAUACAUCCUCAAACGCUCCAAAAAGUGCCCCCAGAAGGUGAGGCGUGGAAAGAGCAAUGGCAGUUCGUGAGAGCAAUGGCACAUAGUCAGCGUGAACGUUGUGGCACCAUACGCCAUGCGGUGGCUGGUCAGGUUACGCAACUCCAAAAGCUCAUCGAAUGGCAUCGAUGUGAAGACUCACGUGCCCGUGAGUUUCGCAGUGCCCUGACUAGUGAGGACGCAGGGUUGGAACUCUACCUCAGUAAUCUCAGAGGUCUGGAUGCAUAUGCUGCUCAGCAGUCUAAGAGCUGGUGUGAAAAUGUGACGCCACUGUCGGCAGAGUAUAGGGCUGCCUAUAAUGCAGCGGGGCAGUUCCUGGCACAUGGCAGUGCAUUGCUUGACGAGGUGGAGAAGCAGAUUGCCGCACAGAAAAACCUCCUAGACAUGGCAAAAGGUAAACUAGACAUUAAAAGCCAACAACGCCUUCUCGAAAUUCAUGCCAUGAUUAAUCCCCGCUGGGAGCAGCCCAAUGAGAACCAGCUCAAGUCAAUACUUACAGGCUUCCAGGAAUUCGUAGUCCGUCAAUUCCAUUGGCUCGCCGGAUCCCCUACCGAGAAAUACGUCUUGGCACUACGGAAUAGCCUCCAGCAGCAGCUUAAUGAACAAACCAUAAAUAUUAGAGACGAAAUUCAAAAAUUGCAAAGCGGAAUUUAG